CUUCCAGUUCUGCCCAAAGCGAAAAUCGAAGUGGAGGCCCAUUCAGCCCACCCUGGGGACCUCCUCCAGUUGCGCUGCCGGCUGAGAGAAGACGUCCAGAGCAUCAACUGGGUGCGAGACGGGGUCCAGCUGGCGGAGAACAACCGGACGCGCAUUACCGGGGAGGAGGUAGAGGUCAGGGACGCUGUGCCCGAGGACUCGGGGCUCUAUGCCUGCAUGACCAACAGCCCCUCGGGGAGCGAGACCACCUACUUCUCCGUGAACGUCUCAGGUUCGAAGCAGAAAACCUCUGCCCGCGUGCGCGCACGUCUGCAUGCUUGCCGGCACGCGUGCUGGCCGCGCGCGGAGCGGCGGCGCGGGUCUCUUAACAGGUCUGCAGUGGUCUCUGUCUGCUACCCGGGGGUCUGGCAAAUGAGACUGUGCUCCUCCCUCCUCUCCUCUCCUCUGGCCUGCUUCCCAGGAGAUCUCAUGUCGUUUGCUUGUCCGUUUUUGCUUCCAUUUUUCCUUCUGACGGCUGGAGUUAACACAACAGACAAAGAAAUGGAAGUCCUUCACUUAAGGAAUGUCUCAUUUGAGGAUGCUGGGGAGUAUACAUGUUUGGCGGGUAAUUCUAUUGGGAUCUCCCAUCACUCUGCAUGGUUGACAGUUCUCGAAGCUAUUGAGGAUACGCCUGCCAUGAUGACUUCCCCCCUCUACCUGGAGAUCAUCAUUUACUGCACGGGGGCCUUCCUCAUCUCCUGCAUGGUCGUGACCGUCAUCAUCUACAAGAUGAAGAGCACCACCAAGAAGACCGACUUCAACAGCCAGCUGGCCGUGCACAAGCUGGCCAAGAGCAUCCCGCUGCGCAGACAGGUAACAGAAAGUAGAGAGGGGGUUUGCUUGCACCUACUGCCCCAUCCUUGGCGAGACCCGGGGCGAGCUGGGAGCUGGCUCACGGCCCCCCGCUCUGCUCAGUGCAUCCACAGGGACCUGGCGGCCAGGAACGUCCUGGUGACCGAAGACAACGUGAUGAAGAUCGCUGACUUCGGCCUGGCCCGCGACAUCCACCACAUAGAUUACUACAAGAAGACGACAAACGGUCGCUUGCCAGUGAAGUGGAUGGCUCCAGAGGCCUUGUUCGACCGAAUAUACACUCAUCAGAGCGACGUGUGGUCCUUCGGCGUGCUGCUGUGGGAGAUCUUCACGCUGGGCGGCUCGCCCUACCCCGGCGUGCCGGUCGAGGAGCUCUUCAAGCUGCUGAAUGAAGGCCAUAGGAUGGACAAGCCCAGCAACUGCACCAACGAGCUGUACAUGAUGAUGCGAGAUUGCUGGCACGCCGUCCCCUCGCAGAGACCCACGUUUAAGCAGCUGGUGGAAGAUCUGGACAGGAUCGUGGCCAUGACCUCCAACCAGGAAUACCUGGAUCUCUCCAUGCCGCUGGAUCAGUAUUCCCCCGGUUUCCCGGACACCCGCAGCUCCACCUGCUCCUCGGGAGAGGACUCUGUUUUUUCUCACGACCCCCUCCCGGAUGAACCUUGUCUUCCCAAGUACCCGCCUCAGCACACCAACGGCGGACUGAAGCGACACUGAGGUUGGCACUUCCGAGCGACAGACUGCAAGCUGCGGCGCCCGCGCCUGGGUGUGCACGCGCGUCUCUGCCACGCAGGCUGCAGGCACGAUGCUGCCUGUGCAGCCCGCAGUCGUGCUGAGCUAUUGCAUAAACGGUUUCAAAGACACAACCAUAGCAUCUCACGUAACCAAAACCACCUACGUCUCAUGCCAGCUUCUCCUGCCACCUUAGCUGUGAACUCUCUGCAGCCCAAAGGUUUUGUUUUCAGGUUUUUUUUUUUUCCAACUCUCUUCCAUAAAAUCUGUGCUUGAAUAUUUCCACUUGGUUAAACCUAAAUCCUCCUCUUUGGCCAGUGCCGUGCUAGAGAGCCAGCCACCUUUCCCGCAGACAGCUUCUGGGAAAAAUGACGUCCUAGCAGGGCCUGGAAAGCUGGGCUUACAAAAACCACGUGAUUUGCAACGUCGACAGCUCAAUAAGCUAAAGCCAGCUCUGAGCAGUGGAUUUCUGUGGCAGCUCAACAGCUGAUGAGGAAGCGCAAGUGGGAAGCGCUAGCGCGCUGGAAGCAUCUCCCGUGCGGUCGGCACAGGAGCCCCACCGCUAUGGAUCCUGCUGUGCGAGAUGGCCUAAGGCUGGUCCCGAGAGCUCACUAGUGCCAGUACCAAUUUGCUUUGCUGAGCAGACUUAGGGUACCUUGGAAGUGGGAGAUGCACCAUACACAUCUGCUCGGCACUGAUAAUAGAGGCAGCCAAAUACACCAGUGCUAAAAACGAGAGUCUUGUGUACAUAGCUAAAAAUAUGUAUAAAUAUGAAUAUAUAUUUACAUGUCUUUUUAAAAGGGUUGUUACCAGAGAUAUACCAGUUUGGUAGUAAGGUACUAGUGGCUGGUAGAUAUCAGUUGCUAUAAAAAAAAAAGUUCAUAUAUUUUGCUACUUUUGCUGUUUUUAUUUUUUUAAAUUAUGUUCUAAACCUAUUUCAGUUUAGGUCCCUCAAUAAGAAUUGCUGCUGCUGCUUCAGUUUUAUAUGGGGUUUUAUUAAACAAUAAUAAUAAUGUG